AUGAUCCGGUUGCAGACGUACGCGGUGUUCAGCCUGCUGGCGACGAUAACGUCGGUGUACUAUGCGUUCAGCAGCAGGGAGCAGUUCUACCCGGCCAUGGUCUACCUCUCCACGUCCAAGAUAUGCUUCGUGCUGCUCCUCAACACGGGCCUCGUCGCCAUGUGCGUCGCCUGGCAGCUCGUGAAGCGCGUCUUCCUGGGGACGCUCCGGGAGGCCGAGGUCGAGCGGCUCAACGAGCAGUCGUGGCGUGAGGUCGUGGAGAUCCUCUUCGCGGUCACCAUCUUCCGCCAGGAUUUCUCCGUCUCUUUCCUCGCCAUGGUCGCCGCCCUGCUCCUCGUCAAGGCUCUGCACUGGCUUGCGCAGAAGAGGGUCGAGUACAUUGAGACCACACCCUCCGUGCCAAUGCUGUCGCACAUAAGGAUCGUGUCCUUCAUGCUAUUCCUUCUUGUCGUCGACUGCCUCUUCCUGGCGAACUCGCUGGGCUCACUGAUACAGAAGCGGGAGGCAUCUGUGGCCAUCUUCUUUUCUUUUGAGUAUAUGAUACUGGCAACAUCGACAGUGUCGACAUUCGUGAAGUAUGUAUUCUAUGUCAGCGACAUGCUAGCGGAAGGUCAAUGGGAGAAUAAAGCAGUGUAUACAUUUUAUUUGGAGCUUAUCAGUGACCUUGUGCACUUGUCUUUAUAUAUGCUAUUCUUCAUAGCGAUCUUCCUGAACUAUGGUGUCCCAUUGCACUUGAUUCGUGAGCUGUAUGAGACCUUCCGCAACUUCAGAAUUCGCAUUUCAGAUUAUAUACGCUACAGAAAGGUGACUUCCAACAUGAAUGAACGCUUUCCAGAUGCCACACCAGAUGAGCUUGAUGCGGGUGAUGUCACAUGUAUUAUUUGCCGUGAAGAGAUGACCACAGCAAAGAAGCUGCUUUGUGGGCACUUGUUCCAUGUACAUUGUUUGAGGUCAUGGCUACAGCGCCAACAUACUUGCCCAACAUGUAGAGCUCCAAUUAUCCCCCCAGAUAAUGGACGUGCAGCAUCAGCACAGCAGCAUGGAGCUCAACCUGGAGUUCAGCCUGGCACCGGUACUCCAAGUUCAGGAGGAGCACCAACUGAGAACGUGAACAUGCGUCAAGCAAAACUUGAGGCUGCUGCUUCAGCUGCUUCUUUAUAUGGGAGAUCAUUUGCUUAUCCUCCAGUGAACACUUUGAAUAGGAACUCAGGACCUCUGCACGCUACACCAAGUACUUCACAACCAGGAGAAGCAAGUACUUCCACCAGCCAUCCAUUAGAACCUCAGCCUUCUUAUUCACGUGGUCCAGUUAGUUCAACAACUGGUAGCGGGGACCCUGGAAAUUCACUACAGAAGGCAUAUGAAAAGGCUAUAAGGAGCCAGAUAGAGGUGUUGCAAAUCCAAUUGCAAAUGAUGCAGCAAGGGGCCACCGCAUCGCCAACUAGCAAUGAGAACGCUGAGCAAGCCGGAAAAUAA